CUCCACAUUUCUCAAUGCAAGUAAAGUAAAAUCCAUUUCUUUUUCUCACUAUUUCAACUUUCAAAAGUAUUCCAUAGAAGAAAAAGAAGAAGCUAUGACUCUAACAACUAGAGCUAAGAAGAUUAAAUUAGAAGAUGAAGAAAUAAUUAGUAGAAUAAAUGAUUUGUCACGAAGGCUAAAAAAUCUUGAAGCUUUUAAUGAGAUCAAUGGCUUUAUUAAUCAGCCUGAUUCACUUAGUCGUAGUGUUCGAUUACAAUACUCUCUUAUUAGUACCAUUGUUGAUGAGACAAGAUGUGAACUUGGAGCUGCAGGAUCAAAGAAGUUCAACAUUGUGUUGAAUAGUGUUCAUGACUUAUAUCUCAAUGUUAAGAGGCCAAGAGAGCAAGUGGCGGAUGCAGAGGCCUUGCUCGGACUUACCAAUACUGUUGUGGAAUCUCUCAAAUCACGUGCCAAUUCUAGUAUCUCACCUUCUAUAUUCAUCUCUUGGUUGCUUCAAGUCUAUAGUUUACGAAAAGGACUUUCAAAGAAUGCAAUGGAACAUUUCAUCACUGGGAAGUCACUAAAAGCUGUGAAUUGGGAAAAGAUUGGAGCUGAUGCUUCACUCGUGUUUAUGGAAGGCCAAGGUUGCAAGACAAUGCUUGGAGUUGUGAAAACUGAAUUUAAGCCAAGGAGGCAGCUUCUAGUUAAUCAUUCUUAUCCAAAAGAGAUUGUGGUUCAGGAAAAUGCCUCCGAGAAAGGUCUACCUUACUUGGCCAAAAUUGAGUUUUUUUAAUAGGUUGCUGGUGAAAUUGUCGAGGAAAAACCUGAUGCUAGCAAGAAUAUGUCAAACAUAUCGGAGCUCUUAAAGGAGAAUGAAAGUGUCAUGCUUGACGAACUCUUUUUAAGGAGAAAUUCCUUUGCUCAUACUGUCGAGAAUUUGUUUGCACUUUCUUUUUUUAGUACACGAUGGGCAGGCUUCAAUCUCCGCUGAUGAAACUGGUUCUCGUUUCGCUUGCAAGAUGGUUGUACCUUAACGCUGAUUCCUCUCGAAUUGUAAUAUGAUGAAUCAAUUCUCCAGUUCCGCGGAGCAUUACACAUCGUGGAUCUGUACGCCACCAGUUUAUCCUGAGAUAUGAUUACAAUGAUUGGAAGCUGAUGCAAACUUUAGUGCCAGAAGGAGAAGAGCUAACACCAAAUAGGGAAUGAAGGCUCAUUCUGAUAUGCUUCACCUCUAACUAUAUGGAGUAGAUGUCAGGAGCUGUCAUUUUGUGCAAUAUCUGGCUGUGAGGUGAAGCGAUCUGCAUAUGAAGUAAGUAAAAUGGCAUGUUUUUGUUAUAUUAUCAGCUCCAGAAACUGGUCAAUAUAUCUUUUGGGUCAAUAGUAUGUUUACAUGUAUAUGUAUUAAACUGAUCCAUCUCUCUUUUGGGAAAAUGCCCUGUUUAUAUGUAAUCAUUUUAAGCUGAUAUAUUACUAUCCUGUAAGGCAUAUGAUAUGCCUUUCAUGACUGAA